GUGUUCGUGUUCGUGGAGCGGAGGACAACGUAGUUGGUUUCCGCGUGCUGUACGAGAGACACAGAUAAACUUCUAGAGAGAGAGAGAGAGAGAGAAAUACAGAUUGAGACAAAAACCCUCAAAACGGAUUUGAACGGAGAAGACGAGGAAAAAGAAAACACACAAAGACACACAACUCUAACCUUGAGAGAGAAAAGAGAGAGAGAGAGGGUGAGAGAGAGAAAAUGUCAUUCCGCAGCAUAGUUCGUGAUGUAAGAGACAGUAUUGGAAGCUUGUCCAGGCGUAGUUUCGACUUUAAGCUAAGCAGCCUGAACAAAGAAGGUGGGAAAUCUCGUGGUUCAGUUCAAGAUUCCCAUGAGGAACAAUUUGUGGUCACGAUUCAAGAAACCCCGUGGGCGAAUCUGCCUCCAGAGCUAUUGCGGGAUGUGAUCAAAAGGCUUGAAGAGAGUGAAAGCGUGUGGCCUGCUAGAAGACAUGUGGUUGCUUGUGCUUCUGUGUGCAGGUCAUGGAGAGAUAUGUGCAAAGACAUUGUUCAAACUCCCGAGCUCUCGGGCAAGAUCACAUUUCCUGUGUCGCUAAAACAGCCGGGACCAAGAGAUGCAACAAUGCAAUGCUUUAUCAAACGGGAUAAAUCUAACCUGACUUACCAUUUAUACCUUUGUCUCAGUCCUGCUUUGUUGGUUGAGAAUGGAAAGUUCCUUUUAUCUGCAAAACGCAUAAGAAGAACUACUUACACCGAGUAUGUGAUCUCUAUGCACGCAGACACCAUUUCCAGAUCAAGCAAUACAUACAUUGGCAAAAUCAGGUCUAAUUUUCUGGGGACGAAGUUCAUAAUUUACGAUACACAACCUGCAUACAAUAGUAACACCUCUCGAGUUGUCCAACCGGUAGGUAUUAGCCGCAGAUUUUACUCAAAGAGAAUAUCUCCCAAAGUCCCGAGCGGGAGCUACAAAAUCGCUCAGGUGUCUUACGAGCUAAAUGUACUUGGAACUCGCGGUCCAAGGAGAAUGCAUUGUGCGAUGCACUCAAUUCCUGCUUCUUCCCUCGCGGAAGGUGGAACUGUGCCUGGACAGCCCGAGAUCAUUGUUCCGCGCUCUCUUCUUGAUGAAUCAUUCCGCAGCAUUACCUCCUCCUCGUCGAGUAAAAUCACUUGUGAUUACUCGAAUGACUUUAGCAGCGCACGGUUUUCCGAAAUUCUUGGUCCGUUAGGUGAGGACGAAGAAGCAGGAUUAGAAGAAGGGAAAGAGCGGAUUAUGCCGCCGCUUGUGCUUAAGAACAAGCCGCCUAGAUGGCACGAACAGCUUCAAUGCUGGUGCCUGAACUUCAGGGGACGUGUAACUGUCGCAUCAGUUAAAAACUUCCAGCUGAUUGCAGCAAACCAACCUCAGCCUCAGCCGCAGCAGCAGCCGCAGCCACAGCUUCAGCCUCAGCCUCAACUUCAACCGCAGCCUCCACCUCAACCUCAACCUCAGACUCAACAAUCCGGCCAGACCGAUGGUCCCGACAAGAUCAUAUUGCAGUUUGGGAAAGUGGGAAAAGACAUGUUCACGAUGGAUUUCCGGUAUCCGCUGUCGGCGUUUCAAGCUUUCGCUAUCUGUUUAAGCAGUUUCGAUACGAAACUAGCCUGCGAAUGAAGUUAAAAACGCUUUGUAUGUAAUGUUUUUCUUUCACAUUUGCGUCCGGAGAUUCUUGUCUUGUGGGUGUUUUAUUUUCACCGAGAAUCUCAGAAAUUAGUUCUGUUUCAAGCUUUCCAUCUAUCCUGAUCUGCGUAUGUUGUUUAUUGCUUACAACCAAAUUGUAUAUUACAGUUUGGGUUUCUCAAAUUUAUUAUAAUUCCAUUGUUUUCUGAA